AUGCCUUCAAAUGAAGCCUCCGUAUCCAAUGGCGAAGCUCAGAACGACUGGAAAGUCGAUCCCUCCGUUUUUGCCUUCACUCCUCGAAAGUUGCGCGUGGUGUGUAUUGGAGCAGGUAUCUCUGGCUUAAACAUUGCGUAUAAGCUCAAGCACGAGAGGCCCCUGGAUUUCGUUGAUCUCACUAUCUACGAGAAGAACCCGGAGGUUGGUGGGACGUGGUUUGAGAAUAUUUACCCUGGGGUGGCGUGUGAUAUUCCUAUUCACAGUUAUCAGUUCCCGUUUGCGCCUAAUCCCGCCUGGUCUAGCUACUAUGCCAGUGGAAAGGAGAUCCAGGAGUAUAUUGUCAAUACUGCUGACAAGUACGACCUGAAGGAAAAGAUCAAGUUCAAUACGAAGCUCGUCAAGGCGAUUUGGAGCGAGACGCAGGGGAAAUGGAAACUCCAAUUGCAACAGGGUGAACUCGUUCUAGAAGACGAGGCGGAUAUUAUGCUAGAUGGGAGUGGUGUUCUCAAUCAGUGGAAAUGGCCCGAUAUCGAGGGGCUGGAUACGUUUAAGGGGAAGCUACUUCAUACUGCUCACUGGGAUCCGGCAUACAACUACGAGGGAAAGAAAAUCGCAGUCAUCGGCAACGGCUCAUCGGGAAUCCAGGUGAUUCCAGCUCUCCAGCGCAAAGCCGCCAAGCUGGUCAAUUAUAUUCGCCAUGCAACUUGGAUUACCCCCAAUCUCUGUGGUCAAUUAACGAGGGAUGGGAUGGGCACGAACUUCCAAUACACAGAAGAGGAAAAACAGCGAUUUCAGGAUAAUCCAGAAGAGUUUCUGGAGUACAGGAAAUCUAUUGAGGGGUCUGUGAAUAGCGUAUAUAGCAUAAUGAUCUCAGGUUCUGAGGAAAACAAGGCCAUGCACGAUUGGGUACAGGGGGUGAUGCGAAGCCGCUUAUCCAAGAACCCCGAGCUGGUUAAGACGCUGAUACCAACGUACGAAAUUGGAUGUCGACGUGUUAGUCCCGGCGAAGGCUAUCUGGAAGCCAUCCAGGAGGACAACGCUAGGAUAACGUUGAGUAGAAUUAAUCGUAUUACGCCAAACGGUAUCGAGACAGACGAAAGAGAAGAAGAAUUUGACUUGAUUGUCUGCGCCACGGGUUUCAACAACUCAUUCAUUCCGCCCUGGGAGUUAGUCGGGCGCGACGGUCGCCGCCUCGCUGAGGAAUGGAAGGACACGCCAGAAGCAUACUUUGCAACAUGUGCUGCCGGGGUUCCCAACUACUUUAUCUUUGGUGGGCCGAACUAUCCCGUUGGCCAUGGGUCUUUGCCGGCGGCGCUUUAUUUCUCGGCUGGCUAUAUGGUGGACUGGAUUGAGAAGAUUGCCACAGAGGAUAUUAAAUCGGUCGUCGUGAAAGACUCCGUGGUCCAUGCUUAUAAUAAAUUCGCUCAGGAAACCCUGAGCCGCUCUGUCUGGUCCAAGGGCUGCAGCGCCUGGUACAGUAAAAGGAACGAAGGAGCCGACAAUACUGUCACUGCCAUGUAUCCGGGAAGUGUCCUUCAUUUCCAAGCAUGCAUGGAAAAGCUUCGCCCUGAGGACUUUGAGAUCCAAUAUAAUACCUCCAACCCUUUCAGAUUCAUGGGUAAUGGACAGUUGGCAUUUGAGAAAAAGGAGGGUGCUGAUCUGGCUUACUAUUUAAAGUAG